GUGCUUACAAAACAAUCGUAUUUAUGCACGAGAAUUAUUAUAUAAGAAAAUAACUUCCUUAAAAGAAAAAGCAGAAAGAGAAAUAAUACACAAGGAAGAGAAGGAGAAAAGAAAAAUUUUACGACUCAGUGAAAAAGAAAAAAACGAAUCUAUAAAUUUUAAAAAAAGAAGAUCAGAAAUUAAAAAGGACAGACAAAAACGUAUAAAAUAUGAUGACUUAUAA